AUGCUCAUUGUGUAUGCUAACAUAACGUCGCUGGCCCGUUUAGCUCCUAGUGCGGAAACUCUUGCCUCGAGCAACGCAGACAUAACACCUCUUAGCAACUUUUCUGCAAAGGAGCAGUCAGUAGAUGGCCAAUUCACUCGUGAGAGUCGGUCACGUCGCAAUAGCAAUAGUUCGGCUGCGACGUUUGAUCUGGCUUCUGGGAAUCCUUCACUCCUACCUGAAGUUGAAUCCGAAGCCCCACUCUCCACCGACGAAGAGUUGACUAGUUUGCGUGCAGACAAGGAGCACCUUACCACGAUCGUCGCUGAUAUGCAACGAUGCAUUGCUGAAUACGAGCGGAGUUUGCGCCAGCUGGCUGAGGAAAAGGCGCGUGCAGAAGAAUCGGCUAAGGAGUCCGUGAUCGAUAUAAUUUCAGAACGUGACCAAGCCAUUGAGGAAAUCUCUACAAUUGAAAAGGCUUUCGGUGAUCUUCAUCGUCGAUUCGAAAAGUCCAAACAAAUAAUUGAGGGCUUUAAAUCGAACGAAGAAGCUUUGAAAAGGACAGCACAAGAAUAUCAGGAACAGUUAAAACGGCAGGAACAAAGAUAUCAGGCUCUUAAAGUGCAUGCUGAACAGCAAAUAACAAAAAUCGCUGAGGAGACCGAAAGGACUAAGCGUGCCAAUGAAGAUGAAGUAACUCGACUUCGAGCAGCAAUCAAACGCUCCGAACUGAGGAUUCAUAGUCUUGAAUCGCAGCUGGAGCAGAAGGUAUACUUGUUCAAUUCACCUCCCUUUUUCCAGCUCUUGAGAAUUUCAAUUCCUAGACCCGAGCAUCUCGAUUGGACACUUGUUCGCGAGAAUACCGAAUUGACGAAAAUUUGUGAUGAACUCCUGAGUAAAUACGGAGACAAAUAA